UCGCCAGUUGUCAGCCGACCGGUAGUUAGCGACACAGUAGCACAUCAUGAUCGAGACGCUGAAGUUUGCAACAUUAUUUCUGGCUGUUGUUGUUUGCCGGGCAACGCAAGAUUAUGGUUAUAAAGAGGGCGAGGAGCCUACUCUGGGUGAUUCUCAGUAUGGAUCUCUCUGGCCGUUGCCUCAGAAAGUCAAAAUGUCCACGGUAGCGUUCAAACUCAGCGGUGCUAGUUUCCAGAUAGUUGACGCUAAAGAAUCGUCUUCUGGUGCGAGCUGCAGGCUUCUUCAAAAUGCAUAUCGAAGGUAUGACGAAUACAUAUUCCCCAUUUCCAGAAUGCAAGGGCAAAACAAAAAGAAGGCGUUUGCCUCUGAUGUGUCUGAGUUACAGGUGUGGAUCACAUCAGCUGACUCGGAGUGUGACAGCUACCCCAGUGUGACAUCUGACGAGUCAUACGAACUCUCGGUGGACUCUCCUGUUACUGUACUGAAAGCACCUAAGGUGUGGGGUGCUCUGAGAGGUCUGGAGACUUUUAGCCAGUUGGUGUAUGAUGAUGAAUAUGGAGCAAAAAGCAUCAAUAGGACAGAGAUCCAGGACUUUCCACGGUUUGCACAUCGAGGCCUCUUAUUGGACACCUCUCGUCACUUCCUGCCCAUCAAAGUCAUCUUAGCCAACCUGGAAGCCAUGGCGUGGAACAAAUUCAAUGUGUUCCACUGGCACAUAGUAGAUGACCACUCCUUCCCCUACAUGAGCCAGACUUUCCCCCAGCUGAGCCAGCAGGGAGCAUACCACCCGUACACGCAUGUGUACACGGCCGUUGACGUGAAGAUGAUCAUCGAGUUUGCUCGGCUCAGGGGCAUUCGUGUCGUCUCUGAGUUUGACACCCCUGGACACACUCAAUCAUGGGGCAAAGGCCAGAAGGACCUGCUAACCCCCUGUUACUCUGGAGCCAGCCCCUCUGGCUCGUUCGGACCAGUCAACCCUAUCCUCAACACCACCUAUGACUUCAUGACCAUGUUCUUCAAGGAGGUCAGCACAGUGUUCCCUGAUGCCUACAUCCAUCUAGGAGGAGAUGAGGUUGACUUCAGUUGCUGGAAGUCGAACCCUGACAUCCAGAAGUUCAUGAAGCAGCAAGGCUUUGGGACUGACUACAGCAAGCUGGAGUCAUUUUACAUCCAGAGGCUCUUGGAUAUCGUCACCACUACCAACAAGGGCUACAUGAUCUGGCAGGAGGUGUUUGACAAUGGAGUUAAGCUGAAAGCAGACACGCUAAUCCACGUGUGGAAAGGCAACCAGCAGCAGUACCAGGCUGAGAUGGCAAAGGUCACAGCAUCAGGCUACCAGACCCUGCUCUCCACACCCUGGUACCUGAACCGCAUCUCCUACGGCCAAGACUGGCAGGCCGCUUACAAGGCCGACCCACAGGACUUCAAUGGCACAGAUGCCCAGAAGAAGCUGGUGAUCGGGGGAGAGGCCUGUCUGUGGGGGGAAUACGUGGACGCUACCAACCUGACCCCCAGACUCUGGCCCCGUGCCAGUGCUGUGGGGGAGCGGUUAUGGAGUGACAAGGAUGUGAAAGACACGAACGAUGCCUACAGUCGUCUGGCCCAGCACCGCUGUCGCAUGGUCCAGCGUGGUAUACCAGCUGAGCCUCUGUUUACAGGUUACUGUGCACAAGAGUACAAAGGGGUAUGAGCUGACAGCCACGGUGUGGGGCUACAACGUGAGAAGCAGCAAUAGGAAAAUCGCACAAUCAUAUCCUGGCUUAGGGUUUAACACAGAAACCAAACUUGAGAUUGUCUUCAUGACUUAAUUGAUGCACUGAUAUGAGCCAAAUUCUGCCUUUUUUAAUUAUGUUUUUCAGAACAAUCCUCAUUCCAUGCAAUGUCACAAAUUGAUUGUGUGUAGGAACACCAUCUCUUUUUAUAUGAAUGUUUGUAUGAAUUAAAUAAUAAACUUUUGCAAGGUGAA